AUGGAUUGGGGAACUCUUUAUGAGGUCAUUGGAGGGGUCAACAAACAUUCAACAAGCAUUGGCAAGAUAUGGCUCUCCGUCCUGUUCAUAUUUCGUAUUAUGAUUCUGGUGGUGGCUGCAGAGAGUGUCUGGGGUGACGAGCAGUCGGAUUUCACCUGCAAUACAUUGCAACCUGGGUGCAAAAAUGUGUGCUAUGACCACCACUUUCCAGUGUCCCACAUCCGGCUCUGGUGCCUCCAACUCAUCUUUGUGGCUACACCAGCUCUGUUGGUUGCCAUGCAUGUGGCUUACUUGAGACACAAUGAAAAAAGACAACUGCAAAGAAAGCUCCCAUCUGCUCAGUCUGAUGUAGGUACACUCUGGUGGACCUACACCAUCAGCAUCCUGUUUAGGGUUCUGUUUGAGGCUACUUUCAUGUAUCUCUUCUAUUUCCUCUACACUGGCUUCCAUAUGCAACGUCUUGUCAAGUGCGACAAUUGGCCUUGCCCGAAUGUGGUUGAUUGUUUUAUUUCAAGGCCUACUGAGAAGACUGUAUUUACCAUCUUCAUGAUCAUCGUGUCUGGCAUUUGUAUGGUCCUAAAUGUGGCAGAGUUGUGCUAUCUCAUCAUUCAGGCAUCCCUAAGAAGAGCCAGGAAGAAUGCCAAGAAACAUACCAACCACAUAAGUGGCAAAGAAGAGAAGCAGAAUAUGCUAAAUGAGCAGAAGGAACAAUAA